GCCGGAUCCGCCUCAUCGGACGCGGGCAGGACAGUCGAUUCGCCUCGCCCACGCCUGAACACCAACCUUCGUCACCUCCGCCGGCACUCGCUUAGGGUUUCUGCUCCAGUGGCGUGAAACGUUCGAUCUGACGCAGACAAGAAACUUCCCCGCCGAUUCAUCCUGUCCGGUCCGGCCUUCGCCAUGGAUAAUGCCCCCAAAACCAUCGCUAGUGUUGUGCGGUCAGUGCAGCUGGUCAAGGUCGACGGCUUCAGCUUGACCCGGACCAUGGGCGACCACGAUUGCAUCAAAUACAGAUGGAGUUUCGAUGGGUACGAAUGGGAAAUCCGGGUCUAUCCUAAUUGCUGGAGCUACUCUGUAAGAGUGGAUCUUGCCUUUCUCAGCAAACCCCGCAGGGCCGGCGUGAAGCGUGCCUUUCUCAGAAAAGCCCGCAGGGGCAGUGUGAGGGUCGCUCUUAGCUGCCGGUUGGUUGAUCCGACAGGGAACCUUGAGCCAUCCAACGAACGUAGUAAUCAGGGCGUGUUCAGCCAUCCCAAGGAGUUCUUCUCUAUAUUAAAUGUCAUGGGAAGAAGUCAGCUAGAAAAUUCAGGUUAUCUUAGGGGUGAUUCUUUCACUGUGCAAUGCAUUGUUAACGUCCUCAAGGAGCUGCCUGAUUCUGCGACAGACCCUGUCCAAGAAGCGCCAGUGCCAUCGCCAGACCUGCACCGGCACCUUGCUGACCUCCUGCAGAGCAAGACGGGAGCCGAUGUCACAUUUCUCGUGUCUGGCGAGUCUUUUGCUGCACACAAGCUCAUCCUCGCGGCAAGGUCCCCCGUCUUCAUGGCCGAGUUCUUUGGAGACAUGAAGGAGAAGUGUGCGGCCCGUGUGGAGAUCAAGGACAUGCAGGCUGCGGUAUUCAAGGCGCUGCUUCACUUCAUCUACACCGAUACUGUGGCUGAAUUCGCCGAGAAGGGCGAGGAGGUGACAGUGUUAACUCAGCACUUGCUUGCAGCUGCUGACAGAUACGGACUGGACAGGCUCAAGCUGAUUUGCGAAGGCAAGCUCUCUGGUGGCAUCAAUGUUGACAUAGCAGCGACAUCUCUGGCUCUAGCCGAAGAACACAACUGUCCACAGCUCAAGGCGAAGUGCGUCCAGUUCAUCAUUAGAAAUCGUGAUGUUCUUGAUGCUGUGUUGGCGUCGGAGGGGUACAAGUACCUCGCGGCAACCUGCCCUUUGGUGCUGGCUGACCUUCUCAAGUUAAGUCUGCGUGUGGGGGAAAACAGUGAUGCAUAGUUAGGUGCCACUAGAGUCUAGUUUCAAAUUUCAAUGAUGUGUAGUCUCUGUGUGUGUGUUUCAUGUAUGCGGUAUGCUUAUCUAGUUAAGCCAUGUCAUGUCUUAAUAAUGAACCGAAGCUCGGGUUGGUUGAUCUCUGGUUGCGCCAGUUAUCCAUGGACGUAUGUUAGUAACUUGUG